UUAGGGGAGGAGGGGAGGGCCUGGUCAGGAUGGAAGUGUGUGCCUCCAGCACCAUUUAUAAACAUGGCCCCUCUCCACACCUAAGGGUCACUGUUUACAUCCAUCUCUGCCUGUAUGUUCCUUCAGUGUGGGCACGGAGACUGAGAAGUAAACGCCUCGCACCGGGUUGGACUUCUCCCACUUCACCUCGACAGGGAUCUGCCUGAACGUCUCGGCGCAUCUGUUCUGCGGAGAAGAUCAGAUCAGACAAGGAAUCCUUGUGGAUUUUUAUUUUUUUUUUUUUUUCAAUUUUUUUGAUCCCAACUCCAUUCCUGUGUAGAUCUUCCCGAAACCAGCUGCAAACAUUUCACCCCCACCAGUCAUGUACAACUCCAGCUACUCCCGGGCCAAGCUUGGCCUGGCCUCCAGGGAUCCCAUGCACAGAUCCAAGGGGAAGAGCUGCGGCUACUACAUGAGGAUCAUCUUCUUCUUUUCCUCUCUCAUCCAGUCUCUCAUCAUCGUCAGCCUGGUGCUCUUCCUCAUCUAUGGUCAGCCAGAGAAGUCUGCGGAGGAGAAGAGGGUCAAGGAUCUGGAGCUGAGCUUCAACAAGCUGAGUGCGAACAACAUCCAGCUGAGGAAGGAGAAGGGCGACCUGACAGCACAGCUGGGGGCUCGCACGGCCGAGAAAACGGCUCUGGAGAAAGAGAUGGAAAAGCUGAAGAACGAGACCAACGCCACGGAGCAGGCGCUGAAAGUGAAGCUGACUACCUGUGAGAGAAUGAGCGUCCUCCGUCGUACCGUUCCAAACAUACCAUCUCCUGUGGGGUCCAGCACUUGUUGUAAUGAUUUGAAAUCUUUGACGUUCGUCAACUCUCAGCAGGAUGCUAUGAUAAAACUCCUCCACUCAAACUUCACCCAGAAGGUUCAGUACAUGAGCCAGGAGCGAGACAGCGCCAUUAAAGACAGAGACAAGUUCAACCAGGAGGCCAUCGCCCUGCGCCGGGAGAACACCAUGGUGAGGGAGCAGCUCGCCGCCAACACCAGGAAGUGCAAAGAGGACUUUACGCAUUCUUUGGACGGGAUCCAGGAGGUCACCAAGAGCUUCCUGAACCGGAUCAACACCCUGUUUCAACAACAGCCGACGUUUCACCUCACCUGCCAGAGGCAGCAGGAGCAAAUGGACAAGAUAAGGAACAGCUGUACCAACCUGUCCACAGAGGUGGAGAAUAAGUUCCAGCUGUAUCUGGACAACGUGGGCAACAAGGUGGCCGAGAUCCAAUCCCUGUCCAGUCGACUGGAGGUGGAAAAGGCGCAUCUGACCUCCGACCUGCAGGAGUGUACGCGCAAAAGCCGCGAGGCGGCCGCCGAGGCUGCCAGAGAGCUACAGGAGAAGCAAAAGACUCACGACGACCAGGUGGAGAAAUUAAUCUUGGAGCAGAACCGACUGAGAGACGAGAAGAAACUACAGGAAGACAGUCUGACCCUGAAAGACGACAUUAUCGAGGGCCUCAAGCGAACGAUCGACGGUGCUAAGGUGCCCCCUGGUCCUCCCAAAGUUCCUGCCGUACAGGGAACGGUGCAGCAGGACAGACAGACGCCACCUAAAUGGAGCAUCCCCGUGGGAGGAGCUGGCGUCGCCAGAACUCCAACGGUGAGAUGAAAUAAACCGUCCACCCGUCAGAUUUAUCUGUUCAUCCUUUGAGAGGAGAGAGUCGACUCCAUCUGACACCGUGGUCAACGUGUUGUCAUAGAUUCUUUGUACAUAUUCCCAAAGCACGUGAACAAACCCUGUAAAUACUCUGUUUCCAUGUCACUGACAUAAAUGUACCUUUGUUUGGCUCCGCUUGUAGCUGAGGAUCGAUUUGUGUUUCGACUGUGUAUGAACGCUUGCUGUGUAAAGUGUCAGUAUCUUUAUACUGAAUUGAUGUACAAAUUUGUAAAUAUUUUCCCUCGUGUGUCACUUACUGGAAAGUCUUUUAUUUACCAUGGAAUUGAAAUUAAACGGAUCAAAUGCC